CAUAUUUAGUGCUAAGCCUUUGGAUUGGGUUGUAUUCUGUAGGGUCAAACUGGGUUGCCAUGAAAAUUUCUUGGUGGGUGCUUUAAUUGUUGUGGUCCAAGCACCCUAAACCAAAAGGCUUUAGGCAUUGUGCAUCUUCCUUUAUAGUUUGAUGUACACAUCCACGACCUUAUCAUUGUACUCUUCACAUAAAGUUUGCAUUUUUUCCCCCAUUUCCGAAUAAGAAACAUAUUGUAAUUUCAUUUUCUAAUGUUUUGUCUUCUGGGCUGAUUCCGGAUAGAGAUUAAGUUCCUGGAGUUUUGAUCAUCUGAAAUAUUUUGAGAUUCUGCUGCGGCUUGGAGCAAAAUUGUGGUGAAAGAUUCCUUUUUUAUGUGUGUGGCAUGAACUUCAUAGGGGCUGAAGGUUUUUAGUUUUCCAUGAAAGUUGUUUCCUCAAUGAGAAAUCAUGCCGAAAGUGUUCAAGAACUCCUGCAAACUCAGACCAUCAAGGUGCAUGCUCAAAUCUAUUCAGAAUUAUUUAAGGUGGUCGUCCGAGUUUCAAAGAACUUUCCAGAAAUAGAAGCAGCUCGCCCUCGAUGCUCUUCAGGAAUAGAGGCACUCUGCUUGUUAAAUGAUGGUAUUGUUAAAGCUAAGUCUCUCCUACAGCAAUGGAGUGAGUCAAGUGUACUUUAUCUGGCACUUACUGGAGAUGCAAUAUUGUCCAGAUGCAAAAAGACAAGAAAUUUAUUAGAGCGAAGCCUCUGCCAACUUCAAUCUAUGGUCCCAGUGUUGCUGGCUGCAAAGAUUUCUGGAAUAAUAGCCGAUCUCAGGAGUGCUGCGUUCUUUUUGGAUCCAUCUGAAGAAGAGGCUGGUAGGGUUCUGCGGGAAUUGAUUCACAGCUCAGCAGUUGAUUAUACAGAGGAAGCUGCACUUGCAGCUCUUCGUACUGUAUCCUCCUGUCUUCAUAUUUCAUCACAAAAGGCUCUACUGACCGAGAAAAGAUCUAUCCGAAAGCUGCUUGACAAAUUUGGUGAAAGGGAUUCAAGUAAGAGGAAGAUCUUAAUAUUCUUCCUGAAUCUACUGAAAAAAUAUGGAAAGGCUAUAGCAGAAACACAAACUGACAAUGCUGCAUCAGAGCGUGGUAACCAUCUCCCGAUUCCAAACCCGUACCUUUUAACAGAGGACGUGGAGCUCCGUGCAGUUUAUAGGUCUAAUGAAUCUCAUAUCAACACCUUAAGCAGGCCCGUGCCACCCCAAGAAUUCAUAUGCUCUUUAUCAUCGAGCUUAAUGUAUGAUCCUGUUGUCAUUGCAUCAGGGCAAACUUUUGAAAGGAUGUGGAUCCAAAAAUGGUUCGAUGAAGGUCACUGUACUUGCCCCAAGACUCAUGUGGAGCUAUCUAAUUUGUCUUUCACAUCAAAUACCACUAUGAAGGAUCUGAUCAUCAAGUGGUCUGCCAUGCAUAGUGUGUCUGUUCCUGACCCGAAAAAGAUGCAGGAGGGAUUUCUUAGGUCUUGGGAUUCCAUCAAUUCCGUUGCUAGUCUGACCAAUUCUAUGGUUGGUUUAAAUAUUCCACUGGAUUACAGCAAUGUGUCAAUGGGAUCUAGUCUCGGUUCAGAUUACUCGAACACCAUGAUCAGUAACGAAGUGAGAUCGACACAUGAAAUUGAUUGGAAGUUUCUAUCCAAAUUCACUACACUUCCCUGGGAUACUCAGUGCAAUGCAGUUGGUGAUAUCCUGAAGAAACUGAUACACAAUGAACAAUAUUUGGCGGGUAUCCCGUUAAGAAAGUUUGUCCGACUAAUCCAUGGAUUUUUGAAGGACGCCUACGACCGUCAUGACAUGGAAGCACAGAUGACAGGAUGUCAGCUAUUGUAUGAGGUGGUGCGGAAGCACAGUAACAGUGUAUCGUAUUUGAAGGAAGACGAGUAUGGUCAGUUAGCAUUGCUUCUUGAUACAGAGGUCUCAAAGCAAGCUCUCUUCAUAUUGGAGGAACUGUCUAACCACCAACAAUGUGGUCAGAAAAUUGCUGCUUCAGGUGCUCUCGUUGUCAUCUUUAACAUACUCGACAGCCAGAUUCAGGAACUGCUGGAACCAGCGUUAAAGAUAUUGAGAAAUCUGUCUUCAAAUGGUGAUGUUCGUUCUUUCAUCACCCCUUCAGAACUGAUGCCCAAACUAGUCCCACUUUUCGAAGAUGAUAACCUAGCGAGUCACUGCAUAGUCAUUUUGAGGAACAUGAGCGACAAUGAAGAGGCUAGAGUUGCUGUUGCUUACACAGAUGGUUGUAUUGCUGCGAUGGCCAAAGUACUUGAGAGUGACAAUCGGGAGGAUCAAGAGUAUGCAGUUUCAGUACUCCUUAAGCUGUGCUCACAGCGUGUUGAAUUCUGUAAGUUGGCCAUGGAGGAGGGUGUUAUCCCUGGCCUUGUCUGCAUCUCUGUUAACGGAAACAGAAGAGCAGCUGCGAUGGCCUCUGAAAUGCUGCGGAUUCUGAAAGAGGAUACUGCUGGAGAAAACUCUGAAGCAGAUGCUGCUAGUAUAGGCUCUACCCCACAAAGGAAUGAUGCAAACCCUCCAAAAGCAUCAAGAUUUCUGGGGAAGUUUUUUGCCAAAUCAAGUGCAAAGAAGAAAUAAUAGGUAAUGGCUUGUUCAUAUGGUUAGGUGUUGAAUUAGAUUGAGAAUUGAAGAUGUUAAUUAGUGUGAUAUGGUGAUGUAACCCUGUCUCUGUAUGUAAUAUAGUUUGUAGAAGGAUUUUGAUCCAUGACGGCCAAACAGUGGUCACAGAUAGUACUAGAUUUGUUGAUUUGGUA